CUGACAACCACGCAUCAGGGUAAGUCUUAUGAAUUUCCUACCAUGUUUCAACACCUCCCAAAGCUCAAUGAUUAAACAACCCAAUCUCAAUCAAUCUGUCAAUCCACUGACACUCUGUGACGAAACUAUCAUUUUAACGAGAUAUGAUUUUGUGGCUUUCAGCACUGUUACUAGCUUUUUGCAUGCAAGCUUUUCAAGCAGUCGCUAACACUCUUCUCUCAGACACAAGGACAGCAAGGUCGACCCAAGACGGUCCGAGGCAAGAACAAUGGCAGCAGCGUUGGAAGACCCUUCGGUCCCUCCCGUGCGCAUCUCCAAGAUCGCAGAUCGCUACCUCGUCUUCGAUGCUGAAGAUGUGGCCACAAUCAGGCGCAGCCACAACAUCUGCUCCGUUCUGGUGGGAACGACCCCGCAGAACCCAACACAAAACGUGUUUCUCAGUCUGCCGCUGGAGUUGCUACCCGAGGAGGCCAGCGUGCUCAUCGAGAACAAGGUAGGCCGCCUCGUCGAAGAGGCUUCGCAUCACUUGUCGUCCCUACGCUCUCCGGACAAGGCCACCCGCCAGGCCUACAUUGCACUACUGAAAGAACGUCGGAGCAAGGCGCAGAAGCUGCUGGCAGAGGAUCAGGCCAAGAAGGCAGCCACGGAACAGACGCGGAGGAACAAGGGCGCCAAGUCGGCCGCGACCCAGCCAAAACCUGGUCCCGAGGGGGAUGAUUCUCUGUUUGGAGGUGCCGUUCCAGAUAAGAGCUCCAAACCCCGUGAUGGCGUGGAUGCCAAGCCGUCCGUGGCGGUCACGCCGACAACCAGCGAAGGUCUCCUCGUGCCUUUGGGCGAGGUUGAGGAAACAGUGCCUCGACCUCUCGCCGGGCCGUUGCACCAACACUUGCAGUCUAGAGGAUACUUCAUGACUCCUGGUCUACGUUUUGGCGCCGAUUACAGUGUAUACCCGGGUGAUCCAUUGCGGUAUCACGCCCACUUCCUCGCUACAAACUACGAUUGGGAUGAGAAGAUACCGAUGCUUGAUAUCGUUGGCAGUGGUCGUCUGGGAACUUCAGUGAAGAAGGGUUUCUUGUUUGGCGGAGAGGUUCCCGACGUGAACGGUGACACUAAGCAGGUGCGCGCAUUUUGCGUUGAAUGGGCAGGAAUGUGAGCUGGAAAUUGUGCCACACGCCUGAAUGAACGUGACGCUCAGCGCUUAGCCUAGAUAACCUAUGUAAUACCAACAAGAUACCCCUAUUUCGUGUACCUCAAUGAAAUGACUAUGCUACGAACCGCCCCCAAACGCCGAAAAUCUCCCAAUAUUCUGAUAUCCCAUUGUAGCAAGCACAAACGUGCUUCCUCAGAGACGCCCUGCCAUUAUCAACUUAACCCUAGGGCACGUAGAUCCUGCUGAAGCUGAUGACCUCCCGACGACAGCACACACAUUUGUCAAAGUUGUUCAUAGCAAGUGACACUCGGCAGUCGUCGCAAAGACUCAAGCACCGGCAGGGCCAGACUAUGAUGGUCCGGGGGGAACUCUGGCAGACGACACACUGCGGACCGUCCGGACCUAGACCAGCCGCCCCUUCUGCCCAUGUCGAUGUCCCGCGAUCCACGGAAGUCGAGAACUGGGAGCGCCGGGACAGCAGCAACUGCUCCAAGCGUUGAACCUCCUCGUCUGGUGUCAUCUUGACCGGCCGCGUCAUGACACGAUUUGACUGCCCGUUUGGCUGCAGUAUCUGAGUUCGCUGGAGCUGCCGUGACCUGAGAUACUGUGAUCGUGUCACGAUUCUGUCGCUACUCAGAUGCGCGGCCAACGCAUGCGCCUCUUCCCUCUCUUCGGGGUUGCUAGGGUGUAGCAGGCGUGCCAGAUCUGACAGCUGUAAUGAAUCAUCCGGGACCGGUGUGUGCUCGCGCGAAGCCCAUGUCCUAGACUGCGUGGGCGUUCUCUGCCCAGCGUCUUCCGAUUCCCAAUCGCUAUCGCCGUUCGUGCUGAAAGAAACGACGCUCGUCGUAUCGUCAUCAUCAUAUGCCGCCGCCGGUUGGUACUCUCCGCUGUUGUCUGCCGAGCCCCACCAUCCACCCUUCAGCCACCAGCCGUACAGCUUCGAAUCGAGGUCGGCGUCGUCCGUGGGAGCCCAGUUCUGGUUUCCCCUCCAUACUUGCUGCCGGAACUCGGAUUCGACAUCAACGCUGUCGGUCAGUGGAAUGUUCAUGGGUGACUCGGUAAGACCUGCAGGUGCUUGAGAACGGCCGGCACUAUCCUUGGGAUUCGACUUCCUCAAGUCGGUGGCAGCUUUGGGUCGGCGAACGAUCCAAAGGAGGAGCCUCGGGUGCCGUAAGCCAAUCUUGGAAAGUAUUUUCAGCAUAGUGGUAGCCCACGUCCGGAAGAUCAGUCUGUUGAUGUUCAUGAUGAAGUCCAGUGCCAUCAACCAUCGGCCACUCCGCUCCGCAGCGCCAACGCCGUCCCGUAAUCUUCGCUCCCCAGACCGUGAUUUGGGCACCUUUUGGGCCGCCCGUUCGCGAGCGUAUCCAUUCUUGGACAACAUGUGGUCGUCCUUGACCGGCACUAGACCAAUCGUGCCAAUAGUAUCAUAGUGAGAGUCAGGAGCGCCGGCUCCGAUCCACUGGUUUCGUAAUUCUUCAAGCUCGCGGUACCUCUCUUCCUCAAGCCACGUGUGCGGUCUCAUUGUGACGUCUCUGUCUUCGUUCAGGUAGACGGCUUCGCUUGCCAUAGUAAUAGCCCCAAAGCCGGUCCGAAGCAAAGCGGUGUAAAAGUCCAUUUCCAUAGUGAUCCGAAUGUCGGAUAAAGAGAGGUUGGCUUGCAUGUUGGCGUGGGCUUGCGCCAGCCGCUCGCGAAGGCUCAGCCUCUGUCCUGAUUGACCCUCUGUUGGCGUGAGGGCCGCCAGACCGAGGGCGAGUAGGUAGAUGAAGAAACAGACCAGAAUGCCACCUAGCACAAGAACAUGAGGGAUGAAGCCGAUGAUGCAGACUGUCGGAAAUCGCAGCAGGCCUUGCUUCGCAGGAUCAUCCAGGGAGAACGUGAAAGCACUCCAAAGAAUGCUUGCCAUGAAGCAUAGGCCCCAGAAUCCGGUGCUGACGAGUCGGAAUCUGGCUUGCAGGUUGAAGAUGCCUAGCAAAUGGCUGGUAAUGUGGCUCAUGGUUGAAAGAAAGGCAACGAGCAGAACCUCAGGUGAGGUGUUGACCCUUCUGAGGAUCAUGGAGCGGCUGAUGGCUAUGCUGCUGGCGCUCGUCGAAGCAGCAUCUGCCACUUGAGAUUGGGUAAACAAGCCCCAGCCAAGUUGGUUGCUAAUGGCAGCAUCCGCUUCGGCAAAGGCAAGGGAGUGCUCGAAAAGCGUCAUGCCCGUCUCGGCUGCUACGGGUCGGCCCUGCACAGCACACGAUACGGUCUCCAGGAAUUGACUGAAGCAAAACGUUCCGAAUAGCGGCCACAACAGAGACAGAGAUCCCCUCAUGUCCUGCGUCGCGUCAUUGGUAUUUGUUGGAAUCAUGCCCACAGCUGUGCAGGACGCUUCGUCCGAAGCCCCCAACAACAGUGCUGAACUCAUGGUAUGGAGGAGACCGCCGGCUUGUGAGAACAUGAGCUCGGAGCUCUUGCUUGUAUUUCCCCAGCGCAUUUCGGCAAAGUCGGGAGAUGUUUGGCACUGGAUUGACCGCAGUAGGCCGCGCGCUUGUACCAAGAAUAGAAGAACGGGCAGGCCACGCAAGGCCAGUCGAAUCGGCAGAGUGAGUCGCAAGCGUCGGCGAGUAGCUGCGAAGAUGUGCGUGCGGUUGAGGACGAUUGCCAUGGCAAUACAGCAAAGCGCCCACUUGCUCGUUGCAUAGCUGAAGACACUACCUAGCCCUCUUGCGCCCUCCAUGGUGAACUUUGGAGACGCCAAGACAGCAUCUGGAUCAGCCGGAAUAGCAGAACCAGUUCCAGGAAGGCGGCCUAUGGGAGGAGGUAUAUUCAUAUCGAAGGCAGCGGUCGUGGCCGCGUCGGUAGUACGUAGGAUGCCGGGUCCCGUUGCUUCUGGAAUGACUCUCUCGAGGGAGUCGGGAAUGGGAAGAUAGGCCGUGAGCUUUCGCACCAUCCUCGGGCCAGCCCAUACCAGGUCUUCGAAGGAAGGAGCGAGCUUGGUGAUGUUUACGGCGUAUUGAACCUGGUGGGCGGUCCACAGCGAGAGGUUCUGCCACACCCCUGUAUUUUCCAGAGUAGGAGGUGGAUGCAGAUUGUCCAUGGUCACCAGGAAAAGGUUGGUUUUCAGACCAGAUUAUAAAAAGGCAGCGGCAGCAGCCUUAUCGCUCGGGGCGGCUGGGAGCGUCGCGGUUCGGAUCAUGGGCAGUGACGUCGAAUGCGGGAGAACAUUAUGCGGACAGCAGGCAGAAGGAGGUGUUCGGCUGACAGGGUCUCCAACAAGGUAGCUGUGGACAACCAAUGUCAGGAGCGGUCGUCGACUAGGCAGGCGGUCGUCGAUGGUAUCUCGCGGAUGAUCGAGGCCCAAGGUCGGUCAAAGAUGGCUCGUCAAGAGGGCAAGGACGGUGGGGGUGUAGAGAUGGAUAAGGACGG